UGGUUCUGUCUCACGCUCCAAUCCUGUAGGGAGCGCUAAACGCUCCUUUCACCAACAAGUGAUCACGAAGAAACGCCAUCAUGGCGUCCUCCUGUAGCAAUUUGAUCUACCAGUGAAGGCCGCAGUUACCAAAAAAUCUUAAUCCUCAGAACGUAGGAAGAAGUUGGACCGCAGCUGUAACAUGUUUCCAGAAGCUACACGGUCUUUAAAAGCGGCAGUUCCUUUAUUUCCUCCAAAUGUUUUCCUGAAUGCUUCCAAACUGUCCGCACAUGGAGGACCAAGCAGCCUUCAGAUCCGGAGGAACCUCAGGGUCAGCCACCGUUUGGCAGCCAAGGUAGCCCCUCCGAAGAAACCCAGGGAGAAGGUGGAAAUCCCCGGGCUGGAGGUGGUGACCUACGGAGACAGGAUGCACUAUGUGCCUGGUCUGGCUAAGCCCGUGUAUCCUCCAUGGGAGAGGAGCUACAAGGACCCGAGGUACUACAGGUCUCCCCCCGCUCAGGAGAUGCCGCUGUAUAAAAACAAACAGUGCUAUGUGUUCAACCAGAGGACAAGCGUGCUGGAAGGUGUCCGCCAGGCUGCGUGGUUGACCAAAACCUACGUGAUCCCUGGUCUGCCACCUCACCUCAUCGCACUGGGGGCAACACCUGAAAACCAGCUGCCGAACCAGGAUGAGCGCGUGCAGAACGCCAUCAAACAUGCCCGGUUCUGGGACACAACGGAGCAACGGCCAAGAAAGGAGAAGUACAGCAACACUCUGCUCCUCAACCUGCUCCAUCUCUGUGGAACGCUGCAGCCCACUCACCCAGCCACUGGAAGGAGGAUCCUUGCAGAUAACUAUUCAUUAGCAGCUACUUGGAAAAGAGGUGAGGACCUGUUCCAGAUCAGAGGUCAGAAUGGUUUGCUGCACUGCAGUAUUGAUCCUCUUCCACAGGUCUGCAGGAAAAAGGAAGUGUUGGAGACAUCAGAUCAGGUCCUGGAAAGCUUUUAUCCCGUUUCACCCACUAUCGACCUGCAACAAGUUAAUGUGUACAAAGAGGAAAUGAACUGCACAGGUUUUAGGGGAAACUACCCUUACCCUCAUGCCCACACACUUUACUUCCUGGAGACGGCUGAUCCUAACUGUAAGCUCCGCCCAGAGCAAUUCAGAGCCAAGAUGAUCAUGUUCACCUUUGGGAAUGCUUUGGCACGUGCACACAAACUAUAUGGGACUCAGCCCCAGAGUCUGUUAGAGCGUCCUGUAACUGUACAGGCAGUCGGGACCAACGGCAGAAUUUUCCAGUUUCUGGUUUUCCAGCUCAACACCACAGAGCUCUCUGGAGAUGACGGCAUCAAGAAUCAGGUUUGGUUGGAUGAAGACGUUGAGCUUUAUGAUUUUGCAAAGGUCCGACCCCUCUUCAAGAAAAAAGAAGUAAAGGUACCAGCUGGUCUGGCAGGAUACAAACCUGAAACAUUCAGCAAAUUCCUGGCCCUGUACCUGCAUGGAGCUGUUUAAGACUGCCGCUUACCUUGUUCAUUUGAAUAUGUUUGCAUAUGGACACAUUAUUAGCAGUGAGUCACUGCUUGUCAGGUAUAGGAUGGAGAUUCAAAGCGAGAGCAUUCCGCUCGUUCAGCAGUGACACGUUGACUGUGAUGAACAGAAACGUCCCAUUUUCUGCCUUCAUCUGUAACCUCUAAGAGCUCAAUAAAUUAAAUCGAGUUUAA